GACCCUGUUGGGAAGCCAUGGCCAAGAGCUGCUCAUAGAAGGUCUGGUGUGUAUGAAAUCCAGCACCUCUGUCGUGGAACUGGUCAUGUUGCUCUGCUCUCAGGAGUGGCAGAACUCGAUCCAGAAAAAUGCAGGCCUUGCCUUCAUUGAGCUCAUCAAUGAGGGAAGAUUGCUGUGUCAUGCUAUGAAGGACCACAUCGUGCGUGUUGCCAACGAGGCAGAGUUCAUCCUCAACAGACAGAGAGCAGAAGACGUCCAUAAACACGCUGAGUUUGAGUCCAACUGUGCCCAGUACGCUGCUGAUCGGAGGGAGGAGGAGAAGAUGUGUGAUCACCUGAUCAGCGCUGCCAAACACAGAGACCAUGUAACUGCCAACCAGCUCAAACAGAAGAUCCUCAACAUCCUCACCAAUAAGCAUGGAGCCUGGGGCAGCCUGGCACAGAGUCAGCUGAAUGACUUCUGGCGUCUGGACUACUGGGAGGACGAUCUACGGAGGAGGCGGAGAUUCGUACGGAACCCCUUUGGCUCCACCCACCUGGACAUCCCCUGCAAGACGUUAGACGACUAUGACAGCGAGGAGGACGAGUUGGUCAAGUCGAAGAAGGGUUCCGCAGCCAGGCAGUAG